ACGCGCGGCGGCGGCGGCGGCGGCGGAGGAGGCACCGGGAGCCAGUCGGAACUAGAGCUGGAGCGCGCCGGGCGCAAGGCGCAGCGCGCAGCGAGCGGGAGCGCGGCUGCGGAGGGCUCCGACGGACUCACGGAUCGCGGGAGGAACGGACACACGAGAACGCCGCGCCGUCGCCACCCUCCAUAGCCCGCCCCAACUGGUGCCCACGCCUUCUCCGCGCCGCCUCCUUUGCAUGGCACAAACUUUCCUCCCGGGACGGAACACACUGUCUCAGGGAGCCGGCACCCACACCUUCUCCUGAGCUAGUCCGGAACGCUGCUGAGAUGGGUUGCGGAUUGAACAAGUUAGAGAAGCGUGAUGACAGACGGCCUGGAAAUAUCUAUUCGACUUUGAAGAGGCCUCAGGUGGAAACCAAGAUAGAUGUGUCCUAUGAAUACCGCUUCCUGGAGUUCACGACCCUGAGUGCUGCCGAGCUCCCGCGGUCCUCAGCAGUGAGGCUGGCCUCCCUGCGAGACCUGCCCGCCCAGCUCCUGGACCUGUACCAGCAGGGCUUCCUGCUGGUGGCCCUGCACCCUUUUGUGCAACCAACCCACAAGCAGGAGAAGACACCCCUUGAGCACAUCUUCAGGGCCAUCCUGAUCAAGAAAACCGACAGAUCCCAGAAAGCCGAUCUUCACAAUGAAGCCUACGUCUUGGAGUUAGAUUGCUGUUCCUCCUUACUUCACCUGACGGACCAAAAAAUCAUCCCGGAGUUCAUUAAGAAGAUCCAGGAGGCUGCAAGUCGGGGCCUGAAAUUCGUCGGUGUCAUACCGCAGUACCACUGCCCCGGGAACUCAGCAGGCAGCAGUCCCCAGGUGGAGGCCAGAGAUGGGAGAGCCGAACCUGGCGGGGGUGGGGAUGAGAAGAACCCAGGUGCUCCGGCAGGGGUGGAUGGAAGCCCGGAGCCAAACCAGCGCCCAGGAGGGGAGGCACCCCUGGCCGAACAACCCAGCUUGCCUCUGGAAGAAGGGGACGGUGCAGAGUUUUCCAAGACCCUGGACGGACCGGAUGGUGACCUGUGUGAAGUGCGUGAGGAAACACUCUCGGGAAAAAUGGAGAUCUUCGCCCUUUUCAACAAACCGAGGAGCCACCAGGAGUGCCGGCAGUACUACCCUGUCACCAUCCCUCUGCGGGUGUCCACGAACGGCCAGGCGGUGAGCGGCUUGGAUGCCAACUGGCUGGAGCACAUGAGCGACCACUUCCGGAAAGGAGGCGUGCUGGUGAACGCCGUCUUCCACCUCGCCAUGGUCAAUGAUUCCUUACACAGCUUGACAGAUGGAGUAUUCAUCUUUGAAGCUGUUUCCACAGAAGAUAGCAAAACCAUGCAGGGCUACGACGCUAUUGUUGUGGAACAAUGGACCGUCCUGGAAGGUGUCGAGGUGCAGACGGACUACGUGCCCCUGCUGAACUCGCUAGCAGCCUACGGCUGGCAGCUCACCUGCGUGCUCCCAACUCCCGUCGUCAAGACUAACAGGGAGGGGAAUGUAUCCACCAAGCAGAUUGUCUUUCUUCAGAGACCAUGUCUACCUCAGAAAAUCAAGAAGAAGGAGUCGAGGUUUCAGUGGCGAUUCUCCAGAGAAGACGUGCACAGCAGGCAGAUGAGGAAAUCCAAAGGGAAACUCAGUGCCAGAGACAAGCGACAAGCAGAAGAGAAUGACAAGAAUUUAGAAGACCAGUUUUCCAAGGCCAGAGAUGUGGGCAACUGUGUGCCGAGCCGGCAGCAGGACGACGGAGCCGGGGAGGAGAUGAAGGCCCCCGCCCAAGAGGUCAUGGGAGAACAGCUGUGUCCUGAUGGCCGGCUCUCUGUGGAGGGCGGGGCCGUGCAGAACGGUCCUGCGGGCCACUGCGGGGCCCCGGCCGGGGGCUGUGAGGGGCACUCAGGUCCUGCCGAGGAUGCCAGGGAGGGAGGUGCUGAGGAAGUGACUGCAGAGACAGCAGAAGACAACUGAGUCUCAGCAGCUGGCGCUGAAGCCAGAUAUGCUGGCCAACCAGAGGCACUGUGCUGGCAGCCAGGCCGGGGCUGCUUUGCCCUGGUGUCCUGCGUUACCCUCUGGCUUGGCUUGACCUCUCCUUGUGAGCUCACAUAGGCCCGCCAAGGGCCAGCUCCCUGACAGUGUUGGUUUCUGCACAUCCAUUUGAAAUGUGUUGUAAUGCCCCAGUGUUAGAAUGCAAGAGGUCAGGUUAUUUCUUCUAAACCUCAGGGCUGAAGGCCCAGCCUUGGCUCCACCACUCCUCAGUGGGAGGGUCUGGACCAUUCAGUGCCUGUGUCCGCCCCCUAGGGCCUCCAGGGAGCAUCUGGGUCAAGUCCAUGGGCCUCCCAAGCUACAAACCAAGACUGUGUGUUUUCAUUCCCACACUCUGCCGGGACAGGGUCCAUCCUCACUGUUCUCUGCAGUGGCCCCCGGUGAAGGUAACAGCCCCUGGAGUCCUGUCAGCUGCUCUUCACCCGAACCCCCAGACCCUGCUGCUUUGGCAAAGAAAAUGACAUUAGAGCAGGGAGGUGCCCCACCCCGAGCUUUUCUCAAAGCGUUCCCAUAGAUGCUGGUAAUCUGGAAGUAAUUCUGUUUGUGCACCUGCCCUUGCAGAAUGUCCGAGAAAGUAUUCUGUGUUAGCAUUAAUGCCAAAUUUUUUUUAAGGUUUUGUAUUCAGCACAUCAUGUGAACUCACGUUCUUUCUGUCAUUUCGGGGCACCCCAGUUAGUUGGGCGCCCUCGUCGUGUGCUAUUUUAAUCAGUGUAUUAUUGGCCAAGUUGAUUCCCAUGUAUGCUACCACGUGUUUAUAUUGUCCAGAAAGUAUCGUUAAGGCUUUAAGUAGAUACAACUGGUGUCUUGACCAAAACAACAGCCUGUCUCUUCCUUGUUUAGUUACUUAAAGCAAUAAAUCAUCUAUGAGUUAGA